AAAUGAAAUGCAUAAAGUCCUACUUUGCAUUUUUUUUUACGGAAAUAUUGACAAUUCUUAUUAAGAAAUUAAAAACUGUAUCAGAUUUCUAGAAACUUUGGUCGUGUAUUCCAUGGUAUGCAUACUUUUGCAAAUCUUUCUCCAAAAAAGUCAUACACAUUAAAAUAAUUAAGUGUGAAAUAAUGCCAUAAAUGAGAAACUCUAAUCGACUCUACUAUUACAAAUUUACAUAAGUCUGAAGAUUAAAAAAAAUACUCUUGUUAUAAAAUAUUAGAAUCGAACUGAGUCAAAUAAUUCCAAAUGCGGAUUUUGCCUUCUUAUCGGAAAGCGUCACCUGCUCCUUCUCACGUAUCCGCUGGAAUGCAGAGACGCCACGCUGCUGAUAAGCGACUCGCUUCCCUCAUCUCCAAAUCCUCAAGAAGCAAAGCUGGCUGGAUCAUUUCACUCUGUUUCUUGCCGUCGUCGCAAACACACCUCGCCAAAAAUCGUCCAGUUUCUUCCCUUUUACACGUCGUGCUCUUUGCCAACAAUUCUGGUCCGAAGAUGGAGUGGUGUCAGCACAAUGGGCAACGUUUGUAUGGUCCCCCAGUGGAAAGCGGUCGCAAACCAGAACAGGGAAGUGAGGUAUUUAUUCCCAACGUUCCUCAAGACUGGACGGAAUUUGACAUCUUCGACCUGUUCAAGACGAUUGGGCCGAUUUACCAGGUCAGAAUGAUGGUCAACUUCAGUGGGAGUACGCGAGGCUUCUGCUUCGUUCGCUUUUUCGAGAAGGAACAUGCCUCCCAAGCAAUUCUUGAGUUGAAUAGGAAGGAAGUUAAGAAAGGGUGGAAAAUUAAAGUCGUGAUGUCUCUGGAUAACAGCACCUUGUGGGUCACUGACUUCCCAAAGUUUAGGACUGACGAGGAAAUCAGGAGCGAAAUAUUCCGAAUUUCCAACGGCGUGACAAGUGUGACCAUUUUUAGUCAGAAUAAAAAUCGAUGCGGUCUGAUCGAUUAUGCGACUCACAGCGCUGCGUCGAACGCUCGGAAGUUAUUUCUGUCCAGAGAGGUGACGCUGUGGGGCCAUCGCUGCUUUGUGGAGUGGGCGCCGAAAAUUUCCAAUGUUUAGAGCUAUGAAUUUCUUCAGUUUAUUAAGCCUGACGGACCGUAAUCUGUAACAUGUAUCGCAUUUCAUGUUUUUUAGAUAGCAUUUUACGAUGAACUUUUUUCCUGUUAUGAUUGAUUGUUGGAUCAACUUUUUCCUGUUAUGAUUGAUUGUUGAAUGAACUUGACUUUAAUUAUUUGUUGUAUUUGAUUGUAUCAUUGUGAAUU